AUGAAGAUACUGACAGUAUGUUUAGCGACAUUGUUGAUACAGGCCACAACGGCAAUUGCAGACUCCGUCACCAUCCGUACAAAUGAGCACUUGGAUAAGAUCUUGACCCGGGUGAAGAGAAGAGGCUUGUUCAACGACAAAUUUGAAGUGAGCCGCGAUUUAAACGAGUCGGUCUUUUUCGAGGGCAAAGGUGCGGGAGGUGGCGGCGACAAGAAGCCCGAGUGUCCGCCCUGUUUCAAUUGCAACUUGCCCAAUUUCGAGUGCACCCAGUUUUCCCAAUGCAACACCUUCACGGGCCAGUGCGAAUGUCAACCUGGUUAUGGCGGGCUCGACUGCUCUGAACCGCUUUGUGGCUCUUUGGCAGACGGCAACAACAAGAGACCCAUUAGACAAAAGGCCGAGUGCAAAUGCACUUCGGGCUGGUCGGGCAUCAACUGCAACUUGUGUGAGCGUGACGAUGUUUGUGAUGCAUUCAUGCCCGAUGGAAUUAAAGGCACGUGCUACCAGGAGGGCAUUAUUGUCAACAGCUUCCACUCCAUGUGUGAUGUCACCAACCCCAAGAUCUUGGCGAUAUUGGGUGGAAAGAAGCCACAAGCGACUUUUGCAUGCAACAGGACCGCCGAAAGCUGCAAUUUCCAGUUUUGGAUCGAUCAAAAAGAGUCGUUUUAUUGCGAAUUGAACAAGUGCGGCUUGGAUUACGACUUGGCGAAAAACACCACCCGUUACAACUGCGAGGAGAUUGCUUGCAAGUGUUUGCCUGGCCGUAUGCUUUGUGGCGAAGACGGGUCAAUUGACAUUUCAGAGUUUUUAACAGAGACUAUAAAAGGCCCUGGCGAUUUUACUUGCGAUGUGGCCAGUAAAAAAUGUCGCUUUUCCGAACCUAGCAUGAACGAGUUGAUUCAAAGUGUCUUUGGGGAUCCCUACAUCACUCUACAAUGCAGAUCUGGUGAGUGUGUACACAAGAGCGAAAUCCCCGGCUAUCUACAGCCAGAUGACCCAAAAUUAACCUUGGGUAAUAUUUUUCUGAUUAUUGGUGUGGUGCUUGUCUGCAUCUUGUUUGUCAUUACCAUAUUGCGAAACAUCAACGAGUCGGCGUUGUUUAAAAAGAGCACCAAUGGGUACGAGCCACUUGCAACCGACUCAAGUAUCGUUGAUCAAAACUUUGAGCCCGCCGCGCUUUCCUUUGAGAAUAUCAGCUACACAGUGGGUGGCGGCGGAAGCGACGGCAACAGCAGAAGUAGUGGCAAGCACCAACAUCAAGUCUUGAACAAUGUGUUUGGUCUCGUAAAGCCGCGAGAAUGUUUGGCAAUAAUGGGCGGCUCAGGUGCUGGUAAAACCACGCUCUUGGACAUCUUGGCCGGAAAAAAUAAAGACGGGAAAAUCACGGGCUCGAUCAAUGUGAAUGGCCAGUCUCUUGAUCCAAAAUAUUACAGGCAAAUUGUCGGCUUUGUUGAUCAAGAGGAUCAUUUGAUCCCCACGUUGACAGUGUAUGAAACUGUGUUGAACAGUGCCUUGUUGAGACUUCCCAGAAGCAUGACGUUUGAACAGAAGCAAGCUAGAGUCAUUGAGGUGCUUAAUGAAUUGAGAAUAUUGGGCAUCAAGGACAGGGUUGUCGGGUCGAGCUUCAAAAGGGGUAUUUCUGGUGGUGAAAAGCGAAGAGUGUCCAUCGCGUGCGAGCUUGUCACAUCGCCAUCGAUUUUGUUCUUGGACGAGCCAACAUCGGGGUUGGAUUCCUAUAACGCGAGAAAUGUGGUGGACUCGUUGGUAAAGUUGUCGCGUGAUUACAAUAGAACUAUCGUCUUUACCAUCCACCAACCUAGAAGUAACAUUGUCUCGCUAUUUGACAAGUUGAUAUUGUUGAGUGAUGGCGAUUUGAUUUUCUCAGGAGACAUGAUCAAGGCAAAUGAUUUUUUUACCAAAAAUGGCUACAAAUGUCCGUUGGGUUACAACAUUGCUGAUUAUUUGAUUGACAUCACCGUUGAUCACAACAAGAUUGUAAAAGUGUCCAAUGCUGACUCUAGCGUAGUGUCAGCAUCAUCCACUGAUUUACACGAGCUGCCCGAUAUUCACGCCGAAUUUGUAUCGACUAGAAGCCCGAGCCAAGUCGAUACCACCAGAGAAUGGGAACAUUUUGCCGUACACCGCGACGAGUACAACACAGAUGUGAUUGGAAGCCAAAAGACUGCUGAUGGAGAAGAAGAGACAUUGGUUAGACUCCGAAACAAGUUGCAUACUCUUUUUGUGGAAUCGCCGUUGGCAGCAGAGUUGCAAAAUGAAAUCCAAGAUACGAAAGAGCACCCUAUCCCAUUAGACCUCCAACUACACGAUAUUAAAAAGGCCACUUUCUUUGGGCAAGUUUCAAUAUUGUCUUCAAGAACAUUUAAAAACCUUUACAGAAAUCCAAGACUAUUAUUAGCCCACUAUGUCCUUUCAAUGUUUGUUGGUUUGUUUACCGGGUAUCUUUACUAUGACGUCAAAAAUGACAUUAGCGGCUUCCAAAACAGGCUCGGUUUUUUCUUCUUCUUGUUGGCAUUUUUCGGCUUUUCAUCUUUGACGGGGUUGCAUUCAUUUGCCUCGGAAAGAAUCAUAUUUGUUCGAGAACGAGCAAAUAACUACUAUAAUCCAUUGGCGUACUAUGUCAGCAAAAUCUUUUGUGACAUCAUUCCAUUGAGAGUCUUGCCGCCUGUUUUGUUGAUCAGCAUCGCUUAUCCGUUGGUUGGCUUGACAAUGGAACACAAUGCAUUCUUAAAGACCAUCUUGGCGUUGGUGCUUUUCAAUAUUGCCGUUGCUGUGGAGAUGUUGAUUGUUGGAAUCUUGAUCAAAGAACCAGGCACAUCAACCAUGGUUGGGGUCUUGCUUUUGUUGUUAUCGCUAUUGUUUGCGGGCUUAUUCAUCAAUAGCGAUCAAUUGAACUUGGAAGUGAAGUGGCUCGAAUGGAUUUCGCUUUUCCACUAUGCAUACGAGGCAUUGGCGGUCAAUGAGGUUAAAGAUUUGAUUUUGAGGGAGAAAAAGUACGGGUUGUCUAUUGAAGUUCCAGGUGCUGUUAUUUUGAGCACGUUUGGAUUCAAUGUUGGUGCAUUCUGGGACGAUAUAAGCCUUUUGGCCACGUUAUCGGUCAUUUUCUUGGUAUUGGGAUACUUGUUUCUCCACUAUUUCACGAUUGAAAAACGAUGA